AUGUACAGCAUGUGUCAAUCUCUCUCUCUCUCUCUUUCUCUGCCACAGAAAAGAUCUCCAGAGAUCGGGUUGCUUGUGGCCAGUAACUACCAAGCACUCGGGAGAUCCAACGUCAAGACUUUCGCCAGAUCCUCGGGUGGGGAGCAUGCCACCCAAGAAGACCCGUUGCUGCAGUCCACACACACGUCUGUUGUACUGUACAUAACUCCGUACUCCGACAAUGGUUUCCGGAGUUCGCGCUUUUGGGCCCGUUUCGGCUAUACCUACCUCCUGCAUGACGAACACUGGAACGACAAGGCAGGACUCCACGAGGCCACGUCCUCGAUGCUCGAUCAGAUGCAGCCACACGCGACAUGGCCCUCCACGGACCUGCGAGGGCAGGUGCCCCGCGUGGACGAGCGAAGUGCCGGCUUCAUCUGUGUGUACGGUUACACUGAGCCGCUCUCUCCCCCCGGUUUGGGGCUGGAUCCAGGGCCCAGAGAGCCGAACAUCAGAUACCCUAGUACGCCCGUCAAGAGGGAUGGUUAUCGCGAGUUAGCGUCGGCUCCUGGCUAG